CAGUACUGCUUGCGCACCACACUGAAGUAGUUAACUUUCUCUGUGCUCUCCAGUCAUAAAGGCCGAGUAUCACAGUCACAGCUGUACUGCUGUUUGGUUUGACAAAAGGAAGCUAAAUUGCGGUAGUUAGCUGGAAGCCGUUGACGAGCGAUGUGCAAUGAAGAGGCUAGAGUCGUUUUUUUUUUCACAAUUCGACCCGAACACACUUCUUAAAAGCUGGACCUUCUCCGCCUCUUCAUUAAGUUCGGUGGGUCUUUGAUUUAUGCUUGGCUAACUGGCGGUCAUUGUUAAAUAACCUAUAACUUUUUUUUUAAUUAUCACUGUAGUUAUUUUAGAGUAGUUGUCGUUUUUAUUUAUUUUUAUUUAUUUAUUUACUUUAUUAAUAUAUCUAUUAUCCGUGUUUUUUUUUUUUUUGUUUUUUUUUUUUGACGGGACUUAAAAGAGGGACUGGUACAGCAAUGCCUCGCUCCUUCCUUGUGAGAAGCAGAAAGAGCAGCACGCACCAGGGUGUGAGAUACGUGAAGGAGGGAGACUCUCACACCAACGCUGCCUGCUGUCACGUUGAAUAUCUUGGCAGAAUACAGGGCUGUAUGAAUCCAGCCGAGGCUGUUCCCUUUAAGGAAUUAAAAGGCAGUGCUGCAGCUCCGGGAACUCAGGAAUUAAAGUCCUCCUACAGAAAUCCCUGCAGUGACGACUGGGAGCCCUCUGGGACAGACGGUGUCUUUAAGGAGCCCAAGGAGGGUCCGGCUAUUCCUGCCAGCCCUCAGGAAGGUCUGCUCCACACAGGCUCCAGGACAGGUCAGGACUGGAGGCUGCCUUCCUCACCAGUCCUGACCUCAGAUAAGCCCUGUCUGAUGGGUGAAUCCUCGCCCCCUGACCUGGGCCUCUCGUUCGGACGGUACUGCUGGCCCGACUGCCCGGAGUGUGAGCUGAAGGUGCUGGUCCAGUCCCUGCUCUCUCCGGGUUUGGAUCUGAGCCGGGCCGAGGGAGAGGGUUCGAGAGAGAGCUCCAGCAACCUGCUGUGCACCCAGCUGCUGCACUGCAGAGCCCCAUACAAGUGUCCCAUCUGCAGCAAGGUCUUCUCUUCCUCACCUGGCUUGGAGACUCACCUGAGGAGGUCACAUGGCAGCAGGCUGGCUUUCCAAUUGGCCGGCUAUGGAAAGUCAGGGGGGCACCCGGUCAGUCUGCUCCCUGAGAGGGGGGUGCACUGCCAGAUCAAGGAGCGGAGUUUCGGCUGCACGGUGUGUGGGAAGACGUUCAAACGCUCGUCUACCCUGUCGACACACCUCCUCAUCCACUCUGAUACCAGACCCUACCCCUGUCAACACUGCGGCAAACGCUUCCACCAGAAAUCCGACAUGAAGAAGCACACGUUCAUCCACACAGGAGAGAAGCCCCACAAGUGUCAGGUGUGUGGGAAAGCAUUCAGUCAGAGCUCCAACCUGAUCACCCACAGCCGCAAGCACACAGGCUUCAAACCCUUCACCUGCCCCACCUGCAGCAAAGGCUUCCAGCGCAAGGUGGACCUGAGGAGACACCAGGAGAUCCAUGGGGUCUACACCCAGUCCAGUGAGAAGUGAACCCAACCUAACCCAUACUCCCAAACCAAAACCAAAACCCCACACCCCAGCUCUACUGCACUGAUCUGAACUGUGAUCUCAGCAGGGCUUCCUGCGCAAGGUGGAUCUGAGGAGACACCAGGAGAUCUAUGGGGUCUGCACCCUGCCAAGUGGGAACUGAACGCAACCUAACCCACACUCCCAACCCCCAAGCCCUAAUGCAAUGAUCUGAACUGUGAUCCCCCAUUGUGGAGAGGACAGAGCUGUCAGAAAGUCUGGCAAUCUGGCUCUGGGUAGUAUAAGAAACUGGAAGGAUCUGGAACAAAGGCAAAUGAUUUUCAAGCUAAGGUUCGGACGUUGGCAAUUUUGAGAAGUUCUCAUUUGUGUUUUUUGUUUUGUUUUUGGAAACAAGGCUCAGGGAAUCACUGCACCUUCGCUGCCUGACCAAAAGCUCCUCCCCUCCCCUCCGCUCCCCUCCCCAGCUCAACGAGGGGUAAGCGUUGAGCCACGGCUGCAGUUGUACUUUCCGCUUUCAUAAACUUCCAAUGGCCAGCAAUUGGCGAGCUGAUUCCGCUUCGGUGUACACAGGAGUCCUGCAUUUACCACGCUCCCACUUGAGCAGACACACGCAAAUCUUUUCUAUACCAAAGAAUCAGAAGGCAGCUGGGUCAGACCUAUUUAUUUUUUGCAGUAGCCUGCCCUCUAGUGGCUAAGGCCUCUAAUAGCACUGCCAGCCAGUCUUCAGUGCAUUAUUUAAAGAAUUGAAGUUAAUGUAUUGAGGGAACCACAUGUUUAAUUUAAGCAAUAUAUAUAUAUAUAUAUAUAUAUAUAUAUAUAUAUAUAUAUAUAUAUAUAUAUAUAUAUAUAUAUAUAUUUGAAAUGCAUGCAUUAUUUUUGUAAAGUGGAUUCAUUUCUUUUACUUACGGUUACAAGGCAGAAUUGUGUCUAAAUGAGAUUUGUUGUAUAUCGAGAUUUAAAUCUAGCUCGAAUGCGUUUGUAUAUAAGCGCUGUACAUUAUUAUUUUUUUGUUUUUGUUUUGUGCAACUGAUGUAUAAAGAAACCUGACUCAGAAACCUGCCUCCAUUUUCCUUCAGAAGCAUUGGAGACAUCUGGCCAUAUUAUUAGGAUCUGUCUUAAGUGAUUCUCAUCUACAGCUCUGACCAAAAGUUUUGCAUCACCUAGAACUUUAGGAUCGAGACAUCAUUUAAAAAAACAUAAUUUACAUGUUUUAUUUAACAUCAUGUAAUCAAAGAAACUACAAAAUUAUAUUGCAAAAGUCUACCGGAAGCCAUAAUAGCAGUACAAUAGUAUUUCAUGUUAGAUUUCAAAAUGUCACAUUUUUCCAUGUGUCGGUUUUUCGUUCAGUAUAUGGAAAACUACAAAGCGGUGUGUAAUUCAAUAUGUUAACGUAACAUUAUUCAGCAGGUUUCAUUCGACUUUAUGAAGCAAAAUGAGUUCAUUCUAUCAGUGAUGUAGUCCAAAAUUUUGAGACCAAGACCAGUAUAUAUGCAAACUGCAUAGAAAGUAAUAUUCAGUGUCUCAUGGGCUUCAAUAAUA